GACAUUUUCGGUCAUUUUUCUCGCAUCGUCGGGAUAAUUGCUGGAGUGUUCCGCGACGGAAAUCGAUUUUUCCCGGCGAACGCAGUGCAGCGGUCUGAUUCGGCUUCGACACCGUCGUCCAUCGCAAGGUCAAUUUCUCGGGUGGACUAGGCGGUCGCGCUUUGCGGCACUUCCGUUGCGAAUAGAAAAGCUUCGUUUGUUUGCAGAAGGAGAAAAAAGCGCACGGUAGUUAAUCGGAAGUAGUUUUCUUAUACUCGGUGUGCGGGCAAAUGCGUUGCAAUGUCCAUUUUGGUGUGUUCAAAAGUAUAAAAAAAGUAUCGAAAAAGUACAAUUUCUUUUGUGUUCAGUUCCAAUUGUAAAAAAAAAGUAAAAAUGAAAACAAUGUUUUAAAAACCGAAUCUUCCACCGGGGUACUAAGUACGCUCGGUGAAUCUGUACUUGUCCCAUCCGGCCAAGCACCAGCAUUGCACCAAAUGGACAGCGACGACUCGCGACCGGGUUCGUCGGCUUCGAACAGUUCCGAUUCGGAGCAGGCGGCGAGUCCGUCGGGCAAGGAGCAAGAGGAUGACCAGUCGGACGGAUCCGGUUCGGGUUCUCGUUCACCUUCACCAUCGUCGAAUGCCGGUGGCGUCGAGGCUAUUGAGGCAGGCCACCACGAGCAAGACGACGGCAACCGCCGUCGAUCGCGAUCAAACUCACCCGGCAGUUUGACGUACGACGGUGGCAUGAUGAAGCACGAUUCGCUGUCCAGCCCGUCGAAACACUACGAUGCACCGUCGCAGUCGAACUCACCGUCGUACCGCAGUGCGGACAAUUCGCGCCACUCGCAGCCCAAAUCGCCCCAAUCGUCCCCGAACGUUCGAUCGCGCAGCGGAAGCCUUUCGGACGGGGUAAAGUCACCAUCGCCCGAGCGGGGAGGUGGCCGGGAGUCCCGUUCGCUAUCGAAGGAAUCGAACCGUUCGGAUAACAGUGGGGGACGCCACCGGCGGGGAAGCACCGGUGGAGGGCAGGGACGUUCGCUGUCGCGCACAUCGAGCACCUCGAACCUAAGCGAAAAGCUAAAGGGUGAGGAAAUUUCCGACUGCGAAAUCGAGUCCGAUCGGGAGGAUAGGGAUGAAGCGAUAGAGGCAGGCGGAGAGGAGGAAUCGGAACGUACGUCGGGGCUCAAGAAGGGCAACAGUGCUCUGGACAUGAGCCACGAAGAUCUGAGUGACGUAAGCUUGGAGAGCGACAACGAACCCGAGCCGGAGGAUGAAGGGCGCGACAGUGAAGCCGAGUCCGAGAAGGGACAUCAUAAUAGAGACCGGGAUGAUGAACCCGGCGACGAGGCUCUCGAGGACGAGGAGGAAGACGACCGUAGCCGGCAGGCAACGAAUGCGUCCGCGACGCAGAGUUACGCUUCCGCGCGGGAGGAUAGCGAACCGCGCGAAACCGUGACGGAGCGGCCUAAAAUAACCGAUUUGCGUCAGAAGCUCGAGGAGAAGAAAACGCAACUACGCACCAUGGAAGCGGAAAAACACGCGCUUAAUGGUGCGGCGGCUACGGGUGGGACGAACGGUGGACCGGCCGCGCUGAUCAGCGAGGGGGGGAACUUGAUGGACAAAAAGAUCGACGAGGAUGCGCUGGACUUCGAGGCCGAAGAGGGCGAAUGUAAUGACGUUCCGAAGGAGCCGGCCAGCGUAACGAAGCGAGGAGAUGAUGGUCCGGAAGGAGCUGCACCGGAGAAGGACAAGAAGGACGAGGAAAAUGAAAAGGAAUCCGACGCAGAGCUGGAAGAAGGUGAAGAGCUGGAGGAAGGUGAGGUGACCGAUGAAGAUGAAAAACGUCCGGAAGAAACCGAACCCAAACCGGUCUGUCGGUUCUACACGCGCGGCCAGUGCACCUGGGGCAUGAGCUGCCGUUUUCUGCAUCCCGGCGUGACUGACAAAGGCAACUACACUAUGUUCGACAUGGUUCGCCCCGUGUCGAUCACACAUCCACCGGCUCCCGGGUAUGGCGCGCACCGGGAACCGAUCUACGCCUCCGAUUACCGACAUGAACGAUCGACGGCACUGCAUCACCUAGCGGCGGCACAUCAUCCGGCCGUAGUUGCACCGUAUCCGGCGGCCGUGGGGCUUCCGGUGGCGGCUGGCCGACCCGUCGAGCCGAUAGUGGGCGAAAGCGCCUGGGAGCGAGGGUUACGUACGGCCAAGGAGAUGAUGCGCAAGGCCAACAAGCGCAAGGAGCAGGACAUUGAUUUCGACGACAAGAAGAUGAACCUAUCGCUCUCGCAGGAGGAACUGGAAAAGGACAACUACUACACACGGGAUCGCGCAUCGCCUCCGAAUUUGUCACCUUCAUACGCGGGCCGACCGCCGGUCGCAGCGAUUCCGCCAGUUUUCGACUAUCCCCCGGCGUCCUCAAAGUUCCCUCGAGGACUGGGCCCCGGUGGUCCCGGAGGCCCACCCUUCGAGGAGGAUGCGUUCGGGCGCACACACCGCUACAGAGAACUCCCGUCGCAUCGCAUGCCACAGUACGAGGAUGACGACCUUUCGAAGCGCCGCAACCCUCGGGGGGCAACCCGUGAAGUUAUUCUACAGCGCGCCGAUGAAUGGAACGAUCCCUGGAUGCGCUCAAAGUCCCCCGGGCGGGACGGGAAGGGGCGAGGCGGCCGGCGAGGGGAACGACGCAGCUACAGCAACAGCUCGUCCUACAGCAGCUCCAGCAGCAGUUCGCGGUCCGGCUCGAGCUCCGACUCGAGUCGCUCGCCCAGCCCAACCGCCACCAGGCGCACCCGGUACGAUAGCCAUCGAUCGAAGGAUAGCGACCGGCACGCGACCACACACGUACGCAAGGUUAUUCGCACACGAUCCCCGAGCGUCAGUCCGAGGCGUGGCCGCAAAGGUUCUCCGGGUGUAGGAAAUGGACGGAUGAAGCGAAUCGACAAACGGGCACCCUCGCCGAUGGUUGAAAAGCGGGUGGUCGAGAAGGUGGUCACAGCCAAGCGGAAGAAGUCCCCAGCGAUGCACAAAACAGCCGGUGACAAACGCCGACGACACUCCAGCUCCUCCGGUUCCGGUUCGUCCGACUCCAGCGACUCCGGUUCGGAAAGUUCCUACUCUUCCAGCUCGGACAGCUCCUCGAGGGGCGCCGGUGGUGGUGCUAAGGGUGCCCGAGUGGCUAAGGGUGCGCGGGUGUCCGAGAAAGGUAGCAAGGGUUCCGGAAUGGCCAAGAAGGCAGAUCCCAAGAAGGGUGCCGAUGGAAAGGGCGGUGUGGCACAGGUUGUUCCACCGUCGAGUGCGGCCAUGGAGAAGGCGAAUGCGGCCGCGUCCAAGAAAUCGUCCCGCCGGGAGGAACUGUUGAAGCAGCUGCGAGCGGUGGAGGAAGCGAUCGCCCGAAAGCGUACCAAGAUAUCGUAAAUCUCACCGUUUUGUCCAUCUCCUACUCCUCCACCGCUCACGGUCCCACCUUUACCAUUCAUCCUUCAUCACCCUCCCCCUACCACCACCACCCACCACCACUAGGCCGCGCGCACGCGUAAGUUGGAGUAUUUUUAUGUUGAAAGAUUCCCCCUUCGGUGCCGGCCGCGCAUCAUAAGCAACUAAAGUGUGUAUGUGUGUGUGUGUGUGCGCAUAGAGUUGAACACUUCGUAAUGUCCGACCUCACGAGAACCCAUUCCACAUUAUAAUUUGGGUAGGGUACUGAUAUGUGAAAGCUCUCUUCCCGGCCAAGGCCGGACACUGCUUCCGGUCUAGGGAGAGAGGCAAGGAAGAUUUUGGUUCGUAAGCUUAUAUACAUCAAGACCGUUUAUUUUGACCAUUUCUUUUUUUUCCCCUGUACAACACUGCAAAACAUUAGAUGUCGCGAAUUAAUGUGCUUAUCAAUUGAUUUUCUUAGUUUAGAAGGCGAAAAGCAGCUGAGAAAUAACACCUCGCUGCCACAAAAUGCUGUGUGGUAUGCGCGGGAGUGCAGUGUUUCGGAAGUAAAAGUUAUAAAUGUAUUUAAAUAAAAUAAAAUUAAAAAACACUAAACUUAA